GAAAUUGAUGUCGUUUUUCCAUCGGAGCAGGUCAAGCAUAUAUUUAGUAAUUUAAAUUUUGUGUAUGAAUGAUUCAUUGACUACAGGGAAGUUCGAAACUACAUACUCCUGUGCUGGCAUUUCGAUCAGGAUGAAGGAACAAGUAUACCGAUGAAGGAAAGUACGAAGAACUAUAGUAGCUGACCCUGGUCGUAGUACUCAACAUAUCACUUCCAUUAAAUAUCCCGACGUUGUGUUGUAUAAGAUGCCAGGUGCUCAAAACGGGGACCUUAGCACAUCAAAGGGCACAGCAGGAUCACAAAAUGCGGCUGUGUCCGCCUCGAAAGGUGGAACAACAGCUGGAGGACAUCUAGUUCCACAAGGACAACAAGGUCAAGGUCAACAGCAUCAGACUGCUUUCGUCAGUCAACAGCAGCCGGGCGGUGGGCAUGUGGUGGUUCAGACAGCGAAAGGGAAGUUUGCUGUGCCGAGAGAGCAGUAUUUGCAGAUGCAGCUAGCAGAUCAACAAGGAUUACGACAGUUGACGAGUGUCGAACAGAUGGCAAUGCGAACUGCACCCAUCCUAGCAGCACCAGGACACGGUGGAGCUGUGGGUGCGGGGACUGCAUUUGGUUCUAUCCCUGGGAGAAAUCCGCUUGUAGCAGGAGCUGCGGGAGCAAAUCAUCAAAAUCUUGCGCAGGCUGCAACAUCUUCGACAGGACGACAUCUUCAGGGGUUACCUUUACAACAACAACAACAGCACCAGUUAUAUGCCCAACAACAACAGCAAGGCUCUCUGGUGAUGCAGCUACUGCAGCAGGGAGGCUAUAAUCCGGCAACUCUGACGAGGACACUAGGUCUAGGAGGUCAACAAGGAAUGCAGCCAGGUAUUAGCCCUGGUCCUGGAGGUGGUGUGGUUUAUGGACAGGAAAAUAGAUGAAAGUAGAGAACAAAGAUCUACUCUAUCUUAAUGAAAUAGACGGAUGAAGAUGAUCAACAGCACUGUUCUUGGUCUAGUUAUCUAAGUCAGUGAAUCUUGUUCACAAGGAACUCCUGUGGUUCUCUUCUCAUCGUUUCUUGCGAACUUUUCUAAUACCUUGCAGUUGCACCAGAGCAAACACAAACCUUGCAGCAGCAAGCAGCUAGUGCUUCCUCUCCAGGCAAGAGAAAAAGCGGGAGGACGCCUGCGCAAGAUGAACCAAAGGACGACGAGGCUCGGACUCCAAGCAACACGGAUAUCAAUCAUGCCACGACAAACGGCGGUGGAGGGGGUACUAGAGAGGGAAAGCAUGUUGCUUCAGCUGAGAGUUCUCCUGCAUCAUCAGAUGGCGAGCGACCUCGCAAAGUAGCAAGAACUGCAGCAGAGAAGAGGCCGUUGCCACGUCGGAACUUGCGCAGUUUAUGGGUCACCCUUAUCCAUCUUCGGAAGCAUCUCAGAGGCGUUUGCAAGGCGAUAACGCCCUCAGGAUGAGCUUCGAGAUGGAUUAGGGUGAGCUCUAAGCAGUGCUACGGCAGCUGCAGAGGCGGCGCAACAAGUGCGACCUGGAGUGGGACCCUCAGCGUCGUCGACUAGCACGAUGUUUCUUCAAAGCAAUUUACAUCAACAACAUAUGAUCGGUGCUGUUAACCCACAAGCACAACAUCAUGUUGUUGUACCUCUCGGCGCUCAACAUGUAGCUCAACACCAGAUGGGAGUAAUUGCAGGUGGAGCUCCUGGACGUUAUAAUCCUAAUCUUGCAGCAGGACGAACGAAUCCUGUGAGCGGACAACAACAACAACAACUUCCUCCGCAGCUGACACAUAUGAUACCCCCCGCACCAAGUCAGCAGCAGGUAUUUGCCUCACCAGGACAAGCGCUGCCCUCCCCUGUUUCUGUCUUGUCAUCGGGGAACGGCUCGGCAACAAGUUCCAGACCGCCACUCUUUCCCUCUACAGCUGCAAGCGUAGUUCCACCAGGAGGCGUCGCUGGAAGAGGAGGUGUAUCAUCAUCUUCAUCAACAGGAGCAGUAGGUCCAGUUGGUGCCUUUCUUCCCGCUCCGACAGGUGGUGGUAGUGCGUCUUCAUCUUCAACUAGUACCUCCUUCAUGAUGAAUCCAACAACUUUCGCCGCUGCUAGUGUUGCUGCUACAGCAGCCUCUUCCUCGACUCCCUUCCAUCGUUAAGGGUAGGUUAAAGGUGCUUUUCUUACCGCUUUUUAUGCCUCUUCUAAGGGAGAAAGGCAUAACAAGCGGGGUAAGCGAGCACCAAAAACCUACCUCUAACAUCAACACCAAUUCCCCAUACCACCUGCCUUUGAUUUGGCGAAUUUGGUAGACCCACAGAGAAAAUUGCAGUUCGGAAUACGCGAAAACGAGACGUUCGGGAAAGGAGCAGCAGAGCUUGUCAUGCGCUACUUGCAAGAAGAAGUAACUGCGCUGCUGAGAAAUAUGCAAGGAGUGCAUUCGCUCAACGUACUUAAUAUUAGAGUAGUUUAUAGAACGGAUGUAGGAUGGACUUGGAUGGAUCGGAUGGACCCCCCUGAUUCUUCCGAUCCUACUUGAAAUGGUGGAAAGUCCAACAGUCUUUGCUUCUGAUUAGCAAACUGCUAUGGACCUAGCUAAUCUCUGGUUACCAACUUAAACGACCAAAGAUCAUCUCUAGUUCAACGAUGAAAGAUCAUCUCUACUAGGUAUCAACCUUUGUAGUAAUGAAAAAACCGAAUGUUAGUGCCUCAAAUCUCUAGUACAAACCUCCACUCAACACAAGCACCACGACGUACCUCAACCAUAUACAACAUGAACAUUAUAGGUGGAGGAUUUUGACGUUGCUUUACGAAAGUUUCACGAUAUGCGACCGCCACCUCGCAGUCGUACCGAAAUCGGAGGCAAGCUGGUGAUUCUUCCCUCACAAGGCAACGCUUUGUCCAGUCAUAGUCGUAGUACUGCAGUGCAUUGGUCCAUGGUCGAUCCUAUGGGAGCGUCCUCGUUAAGAAGUCAACCUAUCCCACGCGCUGGACCAGUGACGACGGAUGCUUUGACGCAUUUGAUAAAGGAGGUAGCGAAAAUGCGAGACCCGGAGAAAUUGCGGAUGCUUAUCGCCAGUGCGGAUCCGGUAUUCUCCUGUCCCUUUCCGGAGAUUAAUUAUUCUUUGACUCAAUGAUCAUGAUCACAGACCAUCAACUACCGAUCCUUUUUCUCGUAUUGACUCAAUGAUCAUGAUCACAGACCAUCAACUACCGAUCCUUUUUCUCUAGUAGAAGUAUGACGUAAAUGAUUCUCACUCUCAAACAAGAACUUCCCACUUCUAUCCACAUUCAUGUCCACAUUUAUUCUUUCCACAUUUUGUCCACCUUCUUCCAUCUUCCGUCCACUAGGUAUUGCGAAGACAUGACUUUUAUCUUUGUGUGGUGGACUUUUUUCGGGAAGGGAUUAUGCCCUUGCUUUGUCGGCGAAAAAAGGUUCCAUGGAGCAUGCGUUGGUGUAUGUUGGUCUUGUUUGGCAAUCUCGUGCGUCGUUUCCGCCAAGUUCUGCGUGAAGAAGCUAGUGAAACAUUGUGGCACUUCCUAGAACCAGCAAUAGCAGAAAGAGCUGCCGAACAUGAAAAACAGAAGACUUCUGCCAGCUUGAGAAGAGGGAAGGAGGUAGAAGAAAGGGAGGAAAAAGAAGAAAGGACUAAGAAAAUAGGAAAUAAAGUAGAGGCCCCUGUCGCUGUCUCCACGUCUAGUACUUCUGGUUCGUCGAACCAAGUAGGCACGACAGUGAAAGUACAACGUCUACCAUGUGACGACUUGCCCUUAGCCAAUGGCGGUCUCGAGCAAUUCGCCACAGUGUUUGGAGCGGGAGAAGAUUCAAAAAAGCAUGGACCAGCCGCGUUUGCAAUUUCAGAAAAGCAACUGUGGGGUGCCUUGAGCGGUUUAGUAGUCUGCGGCGCACCGAUGCACGAACUCGCUUGUCUCCCUUUCUUGAGUGAUGCUGUCUCAGGUGUUUUACACCUCGUGUCACGACAAAGAGGUAGUGGUGAGACCUCCACAUCAGAGCAGUUGCUUCUAUCCGCAAGUAGUUUCGCGCAGAAAGGCAUGGCAACAGAUUUGCUGUUCUAGCCAGCUUCUUAGUGCCUGCAGACGUAUAGUAGAGCUACAUGAGACGCCAUCACUCUGACCGACUGCUAAUACUAUCACAUGCCUCAUGCUUCAUAUUGACCAACUGUUCAUUCGGUUGUCGUUGCCCCUGACCAUUUACAAUGGCAUCUUAAUGUACUUGCUUCAACCAGCAGAUUCAGCAAGGCUCGAUAUGCUGUCACAACAAAGAGUCGAUUUUCGACGCUUCCUGUGUAGUAUACAUCCUCAUUUGCGCGCUUUCUUCAUUCGACGAUC